AUGAGCGGCAGACGCGUUCGAGUGCUGUUGACCUUCAGGGAUGUGGUCAUCACAUUCUCUCAGGAGGAGUGGGAAUGCCUGGACCCUGCUCAGAGGGCCUUGUACAGGGACGUGAUGCUGGAGACCUACAGGAACCUGCUCUCCCUGGAUAUCGGUACUCGAUGUGUGAUCAAGGAAUUGUCACCAAAAGAGGAUAUUAACAAAGGAGAAUUAUUCCGAACAUUGAUGUUGGGAAGACACAAAAGAAAUGACAUCAAGGAUUUUGAUUUCAGGGAAGUCCAGCAAAAUAUGCAUGAGUUUGAAGGUCAUUGUGGAUAUGAUGAAACAAAUUACAAAGGAGUUAUUACAACCUAUAACAAAAAUCUCACUAGUAGAAGAGAUCAACAACAGAACAAAUCCUGGAAUGAUUUCCCUCUAAAGCAGAGUGUAUCUGUAAGAAAAAGUACUUCUCAAUAUUAUAAACAUGAGAAGUCAUAUAUAAGGUAUUUGUUAAAACUAAAAAAUAACAUAACCUAUGCAGAAAACACAUAUAUAACAUGUUUUGAGAAUGAAGUUGGAUUAAGGUUUCAGUCUCAUCUGGCUGAACUUCAGAAGUUUCAAACCAAAGAGAAAGUUUAUAAAUGCAACCAAGUUGAGAAGUUGAUCAACAAUAGUUGUUCUGCUCCACCACUUCAAAGAAUUCUUCCUAGUGUCAGCAUCAACAUUUGUAAUAAAUCUGGGAAAAUUUUUGUACAUCCUUCAUUACUUACACAACAUCAGAGAGCACAUAUUACUGAAAAACCUUACAAAUGUAAUGAUUGUGGGAAAGCUUUUAGAGAAGGCUCAAACCUCACUAGUCAUCAGAGAAUUCAUUCUGGGCAGAGACCUUACAAAUGUAAUGAGUGUGAUAAAGCCUUUAUCCAAUUUGCAAACCUUGCUAGACAUCGGAGAAUCCAUACCAGAGAGAAACCCUAUAAGUGUAAUAUAUGUGGCAAGAGCUGUAGUCAGAAUUCAAAUCUUGCAAGUCAUCAGAAAAUUCAUACUGGAGAGAAACCUUACAAAUGUAGUGAGUGUGGCAAAGCUUUUUCUGGGCAUUCAAGCCUAACUCAACAUAAGAGAAUCCAUACUGGAGAGAAACCUUAUAAAUGUAACGAAUGUGGGAAGGCUUUUAGAGGAAGCUCGAAUCUCACUAAUCAUCAGAGAAUUCAUUCGGGGCAGAGACCUUACAAAUGUAACGAGUGUGACAAAUCCUUUAACCGAGUCUCACACCUCACUAGACACCAGAGAAUCCAUACGGGAGAGAAACCAUAUAAAUGUAGUGUAUGUGGCAAGGUCUGUAGUCAACAUUCAAAUCUUGUAAUUCACCAGAGAAUUCAUACAGGAGAGAAACCUUACAGAUGUAAUGAGUGUGGCAAAGCCUUUGUGGAGCGUUCAAGCCUUACUCAGCAUAAGAGAAUCCAUAGUGGAGAAAAGCCUUACAAAUGUAAGGAAUGUGGCAAAGCCUUUAACCAGUCCUCUAACCUUGUCAUACAUCAGAUAAUUCAUACUGGAGAGAAGCCUCACAAAUGUAAUGAGUGUGGCAAAGCCUUUAAUGUGUGUUCAAGCCUUAGCCGACAUCAAAGAAUCCAUACAGGGGAGAAGCCUUACAGAUGUAAUGAGUGCGGCAAGGCAUUUAGCCAAUUUGCAAACCUUACUAGACAUCAGAAAAUGCAUACUGAAAAGAAACUUUGUAAACCUAAUAUAUGUAGUAAUGGUUUUAUCCAAAGAUCAUGCAUUGGAGAUCAUCAGAUAAUUCAUAGUGGAGAGAAACCUCACAAAUGUAAUGUGUGCGGCAAAACCUUUUAUGCAUAUUCAAGCCUUACUCGACAUCAAAGAGUCCACACUGAAUAGAAACCAUAUAAAGGUCAUGUAUUUGGCAAAGCCUCUAAGUAGGGCUCACACUUAACUAGACAACAGAACAUACAUCUUUGAAAGAAAGCACAUAAAUGUAAUGGGUAUGGCAGGGCUUUUAUCCAAAGAUCAAGCCUUAUGUAAUGUUAGAAUUCCUCCUGGAGAGAAACUUUAUAAAUGUAAUGAAUGAGUUAAGCUUUUAUCAAAUGUUCACACUUUUGGGGUCAUGAGACGAUUCACAUCAGAGAGAAAACAUACGGUCUAACCUUAGGAUUCACCACAGAAUUUAUAUUGUAGAAAAAUCUUAGAAGUAAUGAAUAUGAUAAACUGUUUCACCAUUUUCUCACAACAGGCUGCACAUCAAAUUCAUACUAGAGGAAACUAAGUUCUUAUCAGAGGUUAUUCACGUUAAAUUCUGCUUAGUAAUGAAAAAUCAAAAUCAUAAAGCCUGUAAUGGCUGUCAAAGUUACAAGGAUACCUGUGGAAAAGUUCUGUGAUCUUUAGUAAGUGUUUAUUUGAGAUUUCUUGAAAAGGCUACUUUACUUUUUGAUGGCUUUCAACCUGAGUUUUGAAAUCUGUUUAUUUUAUGCCUUCAUUACUGUUGUUUCGUAUGUCACCAUGAAGGUCUCUGGGAAGGAUUUAAUCAGAUGGAAGAACAUCCUUCCUUGGGUGAGGCUCAUGUUCAAAGUUUCCUGAAAGAGCGAGAACACUGAAUUUAUGAGACAAUACAGUAUAAAUUUGAAUGAGGGCUUGAGUGGCAUAUAAUAGAUGUAAAACUAUGAUCUAAGUCAUCAUGAUUAAUGUAUUAUGGGCUCUCUUCUUCAGUUUUGUUGGUAUGGGGUUUUUAUGUUGAUAUGGGUGGGGCUGAAGAGAGGGUAUCUGAAUGUGGUUUAAACUUUCCACCAGUGCCAAAGAAAGGAGACCCAGGCUUUCUAAUCAUCUUGCCUAAGUUAGGUAGAAUGGGAAGAGGGGUGGGGGACUUAAAAGCUGUUAGUAGUCAAAUAAUAA